AUGGCGGGCGCGGCGGCAGCGCGGCUCCGGGCCGAGAUCCGCCGGCGGGAGCGGGAGCUGCGCGGGCUGCGGGAGCGGCUGGCGGCGGAGCUGGCGCGGGGGGACGCGGCCGAGCAGGAGGAGGACGGAGAGCGGGAGCAGGAGGAGGGAGGAGCCCUGGGCUUCCCCGCGGAGCUGCCGCCGCUGCCGGCGCGCUCGGCGCUGAGCGCGGCCGAGAUCCUGCGCUACAGCCGGCAGCUGGUGCUGCCCGAGCUGGGCGUGCGGGGGCAGCUGCGCCUGGCGCGGAGCUCCGUGCUCGUGGUGGGCUGCGGCGGGCUGGGCUGUCCGCUGGCUCAGUACCUGGCGGCGGCCGGCGUGGGCCGCCUGGGGCUGGUGGAUCACGACGUGGUGGAGACGAGCAACCUGCAGCGGCAGGUGCUGCACGGCGAGGCGCGGCGCGGCCGGCCCAAGGCGCGCUCGGCGGCCGCGGCGCUGCGGCGGCUGAACUCGGCCGUGCAGUACGUGCCGUACCGGGGCGCGCUGCGGCCGCGCUCCGCGCUGCGCCUCGUGCGCCAGUACGACAUCGUGGCCGACUGCUCCGACAACGUUCCCACCCGCUACCUGGUCAGCGAUGCCUGCGUGCUGGCCGGCAAGCCGCUGGUGUCCGGCAGCGCCCUGCGCCUCGAGGGGCAGCUCGUGGUGUACAACCACGGCGGCGGGCCCUGCUACCGCUGCCUGUUCCCCGAGCCGCCCCCGGCCGACGCCGUCACCAACUGCGCCGACGGCGGAGUGCUGGGCGUCGUCACCGGCAUCAUCGGCUGCAUGCAGGCGCUGGAGGUGCUGAAGAUCGCCUCGGGAAUGGGCUCCUCUUUCAACCGCUACAUGCUGAUGUUCGACGCCCUGGAGGGGAGGUUCCGCAACAUCAAGCUGCGGCCGAGGAAAGCGGACUGUGCGGCGUGCGGGGACAGCCCCAGCAUCACCUGCCUGCAGGACUACGAGGCGUUCUGCGGCUCCUCCGCCACCGACAAGUGCCGGAGCUUGCGGCUGCUGCCCAGCGGGGACAGGAUCUCCGUGCAGCGCUACAAAGAGCUGCUGGAUGCGCGGCUCCCGCACCUGCUGCUGGAUGUGCGGCCGCAGGUGGAGGUGGACAUCUGCCGCCUGGAGCACGCUCUGCACAUCCCGCUGAGGAAACUGCAAGAGAAAGAUGAGGAGUCUCUGCGGCGUUUACAAAAAAGAAUUUCCGAAGAAAGGCAGAGAACUGAUGACCGAACCUCUCUCCCUGUAUAUGUUGUUUGCAAGUUAGGAAAUGAUUCCCAGAAGGCUGUGAAAAUUCUGCAGGAGUUACCUGCCAAAGAAUUUGGUUCUGUGUUGGUUAAGGAUAUUAAAGGGGGGCUCAUGGCUUGGGCCACUAAAAUUGACUCGACGUUUCCUCAGUACUAGAAUUUUAAAUGGUGAAAAAAACCACAGGUUUUCAGAGUAAGUUCUGGAGGGUUCCAUCUCCUCUGUGUGAUGGCUGUAUGACGUGGAAAAACCAAACACAAAUACCAUACUGCUUUUUUAUGUUGCCUUUUUUUUUUUCCCCCAAGAAAAAUGUGUAUUUUUGUAGCUGAUUAUUUUUAUAAAAAUGUAAAUCCAUCCAUGCAAGUGGAAAGAAAUAUGUUCCUUGGUUAUGAUUUAAUAGUAAAAACUUGGCAUAACUACUUACUUGUGCACGUGACGAUCGAGAAUAUCCUAAUGAGCAAUUGUAACCUGGAAAACAACAAAGUACAGGAAUCACGUUUUUACUCGGUCUCCAAACUGCUUAACAAAUUGAAACAGUGCAUGAAAUGAAUAAAAAAAGAAUUGCUGUUAAUCUCUAG